AUGUCUGUGACAAGAAGACAGAAAGUCAUCCAACUCCACCUGAUGGAUUCUUGCCAAAAGCUGCUGCGCCAGAAGUUACGAACAGGGCAGGAGCUGGAAGUGAUGAGUGAUAAAGCAGAGGAGUCUGCCAUUGGGCCUGAAGACCAAAUGAAACGUCAUGGAGAACCUAUGAGUCCUCCUCCAUCUAAGAGACAGCCGAGCAUGGCACUGUCAGUGGAACAGGAAGUUGAACAGGAAGGAGAGGGAGCAUCCCACCCUGUGGACUCAGCUAUGUCCUCGGAAGAUGAUGAGCCCGUGAUCAAAGCAAUGUCUGUGUUGGGAGAUGUGCCAGAUCAACUGCCAAUACCAGUGGAAAUUAGUGCUGAAAUGAAACUUCAAUUAAAGGAGGAAAUUCGACGAUUUGGACAAAAAUAUGAAAGGGUCUUCAAAUUGCUUGAAGGAAUGGAAGGAUCUGUAGAACUGCAGGACAAAUUUGUUUUAUUGUCCGUCAAGGAAACAGCAAGAUUUAAAAGACAAAACUUAAUAAGGCACCUGCAGAAGGUACCAGAAAAAUUAGAACUUGACCACCUUCUCAAGAAAGAUAAUUGCACCCCAAACUUAUAA